ACUAAAUGUGACUUUGUACCAAGUCCAAUGUCCUUGAUUAUUGGAUGUUAGUGUUAGACUCCAGCAGGGCGUUAUCGAUCGGCUACAAUAACAACAAGAGUUUGGCUCAAGUCACUCACGCGACGCCAAUAUUUGCAUCCCCAAAAUCGUUUGUAUCCCAUGUUAUCCGUAGCGUCGCGGGAAAAGGCAACGUGUUCACUGAAAACGGACGUUGGCUAUCGUUAAAUUUCCGUAAGGAAAAGAAAAUUAGCAACAUUUGGAAUUGUUUUUUUCCUACUGUUUUUUAUAUCAUCACUCCGGUUUCUACAAACAAAGCAGCGUAGCGAACGCGCAAGACUGGUUUCGGUAUGCUCAAACCGUGUCGAUAAUAUAAUACAUGUAAUAAUAAUUGAAAUAAUCUGAAAAAUAGUUGAAAUAAUACAUUUCCCAUUGUAUGGUUAACGAUAUACGUAUACAUUCUUUUGGGGGUACAACAUUUGGCGCUACACGUCUCUUCCGGAGUCUCCCUGCAGCUGUUCGAAGCUUGUAAAAGUUCCAUGGUGACUUGAAAGUGCUGCGGGGGGUGCAGAGGAAAAGCGAGGAUGUUCUCCCUCCUCGCCAGGGGGGCUGCGUUUUUCUCAGGACUCUUCAUUAUCUCCAGAAAAGUGCUCAGAUCUACGUGCUCACACUGGAGCGAUGCGAGCGUGGUGGCUGUUAGUACGAGGUUUGUUUCCUCCGUCCAUGCGUCCCUGGCCACCGCGGCUGGAGUAAUUGUUGUCGCCUCCUGCAGGGAUGUGAUGACUGACAGACACUGGCUGGUCGACGGGUUUGUGCUCUUUGGAGCUCCCUACAUGGCUUACGAUAUCUUUGCCAUGUACCUGAGCAAUUUCCAUUUUCAGAGGGCCAAAGGUCACAGUGGUGCAUGCAGGGAACACUCUCUGCAGACGGUGAGGGUCUUCCUCCAGAGGGACUGGCUGUUGGUCCUCCAUCACCUUGCGCUGCUUCUCGUUUUCAUGCCUAUUACUCUGUUUUUCAGGAGAGGACUGGGAGAUUUCUUCAUAGGCUGUCUGUUCAUUACAGAGUUCAGCACUCCAUUCGUCUCAAUAGGAAAGAUUCUCAUUCAGCUGGGCCUGGAGGACAGUAGGCUCCACAAGAUCAACGGUGUCAUGGUUCUUGUGAGCUUCUUCACUUGCCGCAUCCUCCUCUUCCCCUUCAUGUACUGGAUGUAUGGACGCCAGUAUGACAUUCCUCUGCACAGAGUGGCUUUCCACCUGCCUCUCCACUGCAAUGUAGGCAACCUGGCUAUCCUGGCUCCUCAGAUCUACUGGUUCAUCCUCCUGCUGAAGAAAGCUCAAAGACUGUACCGUAGGCAGAAGAGAGGGAAAGAUGACUCCCACAAAGCCAGGGACUCCAAAAUCUAGAUCUCUCAACAGUGUACACAAAUGAAGAAAUCUGAGGAGUUUUAUGCCACCGAGGACAUGAGUUGAGUGAUGUUCUGCUGAAGCACAGCCUUCAUCUGUUCGUUCUCCAGGUUGUUUGUGAUGGUGGAG